AUGGCUGCGCCCACGUUUAAUUUUAACAUCGGCGUGCUUGGGCAUGUUGAUAGUGGUAAAACGAGUCUCUCGAAAUCUUUGAGCACGACAGCUAGUACAGCAUGCUUUGAUAAAAAUCCCCAGAGCAAGGAACGUGGUAUUACUCUGGAUCUGGGUUUUUCUUCAGUUAUCGUUGAUGUCCCCAAACACUUGGACCACUUGAAACCCAAGUAUGAAAAAUUACAAUUCACAUUUGUUGAUUGUCCUGGGCACGCUUCCCUUAUACGCACGAUAAUUGGCGGGGCCCAGAUUAUUGACUUGAUGUUGUUGGUUGUGGAUGUAACAAAAGGAAUCCAAACCCAAACGGCUGAAUGCCUUAUUAUUGGUGAAAUUGCCUGCGAGAAGAUGAUUGUGGUUCUUAAUAAAACUGACCUUUUACCUUUGGAAAAGAAAGCAGCUAUGAUUGAAAAGAUUUAUUUUAUUUCUUCCUUUUUUCUCUGUGUCCUUUCCCUUUUUCUCUGUGUCCUUUCCCUUUUUCUCUGUGUCCUUUCCCUUUUUCUCUGUGUCCUUUCCCCCUCUCUCUCUCUCCUUUCCCCCCUCUCUCUCUCCUUUCCCCCUCUCUCUCUCCUUUCCCCCUCUCUCUCUCUUUCCCCCCCCUCUCUCUUUCCCCCCCUCUCUCUCUUUCCCCCCCUCUCUCUCUUUCCCCCCCCCUCUCUCUCCUUUCCCCCCCUCUCUCCUUUCUCUCUCUCUUUCCCCCCUCUCUCUCUCCUUUCCCCUCUCUCUCUCCUUUCCCCUUUUUUUUCUCUCCUUUCCCCCUUUUUCUCCUCCUUUUUUUUCUCUCUCCUUUCCCCUUUUUUUUCUCUCUCCUUUCCCCCUUUUUUUUCCCCUUUUUUUCUCUCUCUCCUUUCCCCCUUUUUUUUCUCUCUCUCUUUUCCCCCUUUUUUUUCUCUCUCUCCUUUCCCCCUUUUUUUUCUCUCUCUCCUUUCCCCCUUUUUUUUCUCUCUCUCCUUUCCCCCUUUUUUUUCUCUCUCUCUGUCCCUUCCCCCUUUCUACCAAAAAUUAUAUUUUCAGAUGAAGAAAAAGUUACUUAAAACAUUAGAAUCUACAAAGUUUGCUAAUUGUCCAAUUGUUGCUGUGGCUGCAAAACCUGGAGGACCAGAGUCGACUGAUGAGGCAAACUCUGAUGAUAUGAUGAAUUUGUUAAAUACAUUGAAACAACAAACUUACAUUCCAAAGAGAAAUGUUUCUGGACCUUUUAUCUUCUCUGUUGACCAUUGUUUUUCCAUUCGAGGACAAGGAACUGUAAUGACUGGGACUGUCAUCAAUGGCAGUGCAGCAGUAAAUGAUAAUGUAGAAAUUCCAUCGAUGAAAAUGACUAAGAAAAUCAAAUCAAUACAGAUGUUUCGUAAACCCAUAGAGAAAGUAGUUCAGGGUGAUCGUGCUGGCAUUUGUGUAACACAGUUUGACCCUAAGUUACUUGAGCGAGGCCUUGUCUGUUCAUCAGGAGCACUUCCCACUAUUUAUGCUGGCCUUGUGUCUGUCAGUAAAAUCCGCUACUUUAAAGGCUCUAUUGCAACCAAUGCUAAGUUCCACAUAACAAUGGGUCAUGAAACUGUCAUGGCUCAUGUGACCUUUUUUGGUUUUUUGACAGACCUCGAUGAAAAGUCAUCUCACCUGGACCUCUCUAGGGAUUAUCUUUAUCAGGACAAACUUUUAGAAGACAUUCCUACAGAAGAUGAAUCAAAUAGUCCAGCCAAAAGACGAGUUCAGUUUGCACUGUUAGAAUUUGAGAAGCCAGUCACAUGUUGUGAAUCUUGUUUGGUGAUCGGCUCGAAACUCGAUUCUGAUAUCAAUGCCAAUAUCUGUAGAAUUGCUUUUAAUGGUGUCUUGCUCAAGUCUUACACAGACUCUAAGUAUCGAGAGACGGAAUUGGCAGAGGUGAAGAUUUUCAAGACCAAAUGUAGAGAGGGCCAAGUGGAAAGGGUUAAUGAUGCUAAUACUUUGAUUGCAAAGAAUAUGUUCAAGAAAGAAACGAACAUUCAAGCUUUUGCCAACCUGAAGGUUAAAUUAUCAAGUGGAGAAGAUGGUGUCAUUGAAGGCGGAUUUGGACAAAGUGGAAAAGUCAAAAUUCGUAUCCCAAAUGGCUUGAGUCCAGAAGUGAUGAAGAGAUAUUCUGGGUCUAAAAAGAAAGGCAAAGAUAAAGAAUCUGGUGGUGAUGCAACUUUAGAAACAGGUCCUCCAGUGAAAAUCAUCUUAACGUUUAAACGUUACAUUUUUGACCCUAAAAAAAGAAUGAUUCAAAUCUGA